CUGCCAUGGACGAUUGAGCCACCACCUCUUCAACCCUCCCGCCCUACCUUCGGACAAAUACCUCCUCGCGACCCACGCAGCCAUGGCAAGGGAUGCAGGCCCCCAAGACGAAGGCCGCGGUCAGCCAAGUCCUGUCAAGAGAAAGCCAGUCGCCCCCGCAUCCAGGUCGUCCCCAAAGAGUUGGCAUGUCACUCCCAACACCUUCCUCGCAGCGACUGUUCUCGGUGCGGCUUUAUUGAGCUGGCCCUUACGAUGGGUCGUCUCUGGCGCACCUUUGCUCGUGUACACGAUUCUUCUAGGCGCAUCGAAUGGGUACCGGAUCCUGCCCUAUAUCCCUCUCUGGACACUGUUUACGACCCUGAACCUUGUUUAUGCGGUCGCCGCCACCUCCUGGUUGCUCUACUGGGUGUUUGCUGCCUUCUGUUACCCUACCAUCCUGCUAGCAUGUCUCUUCCAGUUCGAUGCUGCUGCGAAACGUGCACGAUGGGCUUUCAGGACCUUGCUGCGCGACCUGCAUUUCAUCAACGAUAAGAUCGCCUUCUUCAACCUGCCAGCACUGGAGAUAGACACGGAUGUGGACGGUCUUUUGGUCGUUCGAGGAUUCACCUUCUCCCUCUCAAGCUUGACUGUUGUUGCGCACGGGAUCGAGGUGGGCAUCAAACUCUCCGACGACAUGGAACUUGCGAUACAGACUGAGAAAGUUACCAUAUCACUAUUGAGAAAGAUCGAGAUCGAAGAUGUCUAUGCCAACGUUAAGGGCGGAGAGUUCGAGAUGACAUUUGGUACACUCCAAAAGGAUACCCACGACGAGGAUGGAGACGCGAUUAUGGUGACGAACACACCCCUUCUAAGGGCUGCAUCUGCUGCUCUCGAUGGAACGAUGCCAAGUCGACAGAAGAUGAAAGCGGCCUUGACAGGUGGUGCUAUUUCGGAAGACUCGUCAGAUCCAAUCGAAAUCCUCGACUCUAUCCAACGGCUGUUACCUGAUGAAGAGAAGGCGAGAACAACUUACGAUGAUAUUCUUCGUAAUAUCUCAGAUACGUGUUCAACCAAUAUCGCCAGGAAGACCCUAGAAGACAUAGCAAAAGCCGGCCAAGUCGAUGCCGCUUCAAAUCUGAAUAACGCCAACGAUAUGCGGGCCGCGAUCUGCGCGAGCAUUCAUGACCAAGCCACGAUACCUCACCCCCCGUCAAAGUCCGUCAGGGUAUCUACUCUUCAAAACUCAUCCUCUCCAGCGGUAAAAAAGUUUAUGCAUCGCUUACCGCUGCUCCUUCGCGUACUCCUAUACCCUCUUAGCUACUUCCAUCCUAUCUCCAUCAAAUCUUUGACGACCGCAGGGUCUGGAAAGUGGAUGGUCCAUUUGAUGAAACACUACUUAUUCAAGCACUAUUCCUCCCAAGAUGCUGAGAUUCGCCGACUCGAGGCCCGAAUUGAUGCGUGGAUGUCAGACGCCAAUUUCGCGGUAGAACUUGGCCCGAUAAACUGCACAGCCUCGGUGCCAAUAAACACAGUUCACGAUAUUGAAUGCUACCUCAAGAUAGAAGACUUCAUGGCUUAUCGCACUGUCACUGAAUCCGUCACCCUAAAUCAAGUAAUCCGCCUUGGAGGUGCCGACGCGACAGUCUCAAUACCAUCCUAUCUUCUUCCCCAUCAUGAGCAUAUCCUCCCGAAGAAGCCAACUCCGGAAGAUGAAAUGGAACAAGAGCAGGCCAUUGCCAAUGCUGAAGGAACUCCAAACACUGUCCAAGCACAACGAACACUGGAGCAGCUGGUCAAAGACGAAAGCAACAUCACUAUCUCUGCUCACGCGCACUUGCCGGCCUGUUUUGACCAAGAGCUACUUAACUUCACCGCCGCACUAGUCAAAGCUACCAAGGUCAUCGAGAUGGAACGAGAUUUCGAGGAAUACGAUUCUCUUCGCGUGCUUAGACGCUCAGAGAGUAACGCUUCCAAUAGUAGUACGAGCCUUGGCAAUGGCAAUGAAGAUGCCCAACAGACUGGUUUCAAAGAUUUCAUGCGCAAAAUGGACCGCGGGAUGAAGGAGAUCCCCGGUAACUUUCAGUAUGGUAUGCGCAAGGCUGGCCACAACACAGUCAAUGCUAUGGCGAACGAUCGGUGGAUUGCGAAAUUGGUUGGGAAGGUCAUGAGGAAGCUGGAGCAUGCGCAAGGGGAUGUGGGGUACUCGGGCAGCAUCCCGAUAGCGUUGGACUUUUACCGACAGCAGGCGGAGCCAGAGUCCAAGUUAUUGCCAUAGUUAUGUGGUUGCUCUAGCUAGCUCUCUUAGUGAGAUGCGUCAUAGUGAUCACGAAGGAGCGUAAGUCUGAUUCCUAUUAUACCCAUUCCCAGUUUCCACUUCUGCUAGUAGUCAGUACAGAUUAUCACUAGCUGCUUCUUGAGGCAGUGGAUCCAAUGUGAAUCUUCUCUUCGAGUCUUA